AUGCGUAACGUGCCUCAGUGCAUGAGUGAGAGAUGGUGCAUGUACAAGAGCGGGGAGCGCUCAGUGAGGGGCGGGGGCGGUGGCGGGGAGGAAGGGCGGCGCGGCGGCCUCAAGGCGCUGCCGAAGCGCGCCCGAACCCGCUGCAGGGUAAUGAACAUGGGGCAAAAGCUCUCCGGCGGUGUUAAGUCCGUGCCCCGCGAGUGCACGGCCCCCUUCAAAGCAGUGGUGGCGAGGGAACUAGCCCCGGAGCCGCCGAGACCAGCGAGGCUCGACGCGUUGUUGGAUGCGCCGCCCGCCCAUCCUGACACGCAAGUCAAGCAUGCCUGGAACCCAGAUGACAGGUCGCUAAAUAUAUUCGUGAAAGAAGAAGACGCGUUAACCUUCCACCGGCAUCCAGUAGCCCAAAGUACGGAUUGCAUCCGUGGUAGAGUCGGCUAUUCACGAGGUCUUCACUGUUGGGAGGUGGUAUGGCCCGCGAGGCAGAGAGGCACGCACGCAGUAGUCGGUGUGGCAACAUCGCACGCGCCGCUUCACUCUGUCGGCUACCAGAGCCUGGUGGGUGCGACGGAUCAGAGCUGGGGAUGGGAUCUUGGUAGGAAUAAGGUGUACCACAAUGCGAAAGGCACAGGCAGCAGUGGUACCACGUAUCCGGCUCUCCUACGACCGGAUGAACAAUUCCUAGUACCGGACCGAUUACUAGUGGUCCUUGAUAUGGAUGAAGGCACUCUGGCCUUUUGUGCUGAUGGUCGUUACUUGGGCGUGGCCGCUAGAGGUCUCCGCGGGAAAACACUGUAUCCCAUAGUUUCCGCUGUAUGGGGACAUGCCGAGAUCACUAUGAAAUACAUUGGCGGGCUCGAUCCCGAACCGCUCCCACUAAUGGAGCUCUGCAGACGCGUGAUAAGACAGCGCGUUGGUCGUAGCCGGCUCAGGGCUGCGGCGUCUCGCCUCGCUCUGCCCCCGGCCCUCACCGCCUACCUCCUGUACCGGGCGCCAUAG